AUGGUUGUCCUGAACAAGUUCUCCGUUGUCGUAGUGGCCGCUCUGGCUGCUGUAGGCCAGGCCACUCACGAGGGUCUCCAUGCUCGUCGUGUCCAGGCUCGGUCCGUCACCCCUGGUGCCGAAGCUUCGACCUCGACCGUCCUCGUUGUGCCCACUGCUGCGGAGCCUACUCCUACGGCUUCUUCUUCUGCCGUGUCUGUUCCUGCUGAGGAGUCCUCUGCCGUGCAGUCUUCUUCUGCUCCCUCGGUGGCUUCCAGCUCCAUUCCUUCCAUUGCUCCUUCCGUCGUUGCCUCCUCUUCGGUCGGUUCGAUCCCUGGUGUGAGCUCCUCCGUGCCUGCUGGCUCUUCUUCGCCUGUCGCUUCCAGCAGCAAGCCUGUGGUCACCCGCACUCCCAUCAGCUCUCGUCCUACUGGUGUUCCCACCAAGUCCUCCUCCGGCCUGUCUAGCACUGUGUCCGCUCCCGCUGGCACUGACGUCCCUGGCGAUGACUGCGUUACUCUGACUUACACCGUGACAUCUGGAACUUCCACUAGCGUCAUUACCACCACCAUCUCCAAGACCGCCACUGGGCAGCACACCGUCACUGCCACCGAGUCUGGCUCUGAUGCCUCGACCACCGAGCCCGCUGAGGACAUCACCCGCACUCGUACUUCUACUGUCAACCGCACCAAGACUGAGACCGUCACCAUCGUUGAGGUUCCCACUCCCUCCGGCGAGGCCGGUAAUGGUUCUGGUGCUUGCACCGCCGUUACCGUCACUGCUACCGUCACUGAGACUGUGACUGCUGGCGCUACCGAGACUAAGACCCCCGGUAAUGGCAACGGCAAUGGUAAUGGCAACGGCAACGGUCAGGGCAACGGCAAUGGCAAUGGCAAUGGCAACGGCAACGGCAAUGGCAACGGCAACGGCAAUGGUGAGGGCGGACAGAGCACCUCUACUGAGACUAGCGCUCAGUCCACUACCCGCCCUUACACCAGCUCCACCCGCCUUCCCAUCACGCGCACUCCUACCCCUUCUUCCAGCGGUUUCGCUACCCGGACUCCUUCCGCUAGCGCCAGCAUUAAGCCCAUCCCCUCCUCCAGCAGCCAGCCCUCGCCCACCAGCACCCCCACUGGCAAGGCUUUCUUGGCGAACUGGCGCCGCCACUUCAUCUAA